GUGUCCCCCGUGCCAGCUUCGGGGUGAGCGGCCUUUCCCCAAACGCCUGCUGGAAAUUUCCAGAGACAUCACAGCAGUCCCGAAACAAAAAGCUGCUGUGCCUCCCCGCAGGCGCUGCAUUUUGGGAUCUAUUGCUCCUGGCAGACACGCCGUGCUCUGCUUCACCGACCGAAUUUUAAGCUUCUAAAUGCUGCAUUAUUGGAGGGGUUGAUAUUAAAGUUAGUCCCAGCAUCGUGACUUUUCCAUCAUGUCAGAACCUAUCACGCUCAAUGUUGGAGGAAAACUCUAUACCACCUCUCUGUCCACUCUGACUAGCUUUCCAGACUCCAUGCUGGGGGCCAUGUUUAGUGGGAAGAUACCAACCAAGAAGGACAGCCAAGGCAAUUGCUUUAUUGACAGAGAUGGCAAAAUCUUCCGCUAUAUCUUGAACUUCCUACGAACUUCUCACUUGGACCUCCCCGAAGACUUUCAGGAAAUGGGCUUACUUCGACGGGAGGUGGACUUUUAUCAAAUUCAGCCGCUGAUUGAGGCCUUGCAGGAAAAGGAAGUAGAGCUUUCUAAAGCAGAGAAAAAUGCCAUGCUCAACAUCACCCUUGAUCAGAAGACCCAAACCGUUCACUUCACUGUCCGAGAAGCACCCCAGAUUUACAGCCUGUCUUCCUCCAACAUGGAAGUGUUUAGUGCUCAUAUCUUCUCUACAUCAUGCCUGUUCCUGAAGCUUCUGGGUUCCAAACUUUACUAUUGCUUCAACGGAAACCUUUCUUCAAUAUCCAGCUACCUGCAGGACCCCAACCACUUGACCUUAGAUUGGGUGGCAAGUGUGGAAGGCCUUCCUGAAGAGGAGUACACCAGGCAGAACUUGAAGAGACUCUGGGUGGUACCAGAUAAUAAGCAAAUCAAUAGCUUCCAGGUGUUUGUGGAAGAAGUGCUGAAAAUAGCCAUGAGUGAUGGUUUCUGCAUAGAUUCUUCUCAUCCACAUACUUCAGAUUUCAUGAAUAAUAAGAUUAUUCGCCUAAUUCGGUAUAAGUAGGAAUGGCUGUUUAUUGCGGUGCAGGAAGCAUGGAGAUAACACAGGUUUAGUGUUUCCUUUUAAAACACACUUACAGCCUAAUUCAGAAUCAUGCUUAUCUGGAUUAAGAGUCACUAACAAGGAGAUGAUUUUCCUUUAAUGUACUUACCAAUACGACCUUUCAGAAUAUGUCCAUAUUCUAGAUGGAAGCAAUAUUGUCUAGCACCUGAAUUAAGGACUGGUUCUGUCUCUGCUGCCCCCUCUGACCUGCUGUACAGUUGUGGGGAAAAUCACCAAACUUCUCUCCUUUCUACUUUUCCCAGUCAGAAAAUGGAAGUGAUCCCUAGCCUAUGUUGCAAGGGGAUGUGAGGGUUCAGUAAUCAAGGUUUGGAAUGUAUCUGGAGAACAGAUGUGGUGAAAGAUGCCAUGGAGCUGCAGUGCAGCAGACAGCCCUAGGACCGAAUUUUCCAUGUCUUGUUGUAUCACCUGUGUGGAGCAUCCAAGAAGCUUGAUUGAAUCCACAGAUAAGAAGCCUCCCACGUGCACUCAAUACAGCUGUAAAGGAUGGUGCAAACUGCAAAUGAGUAAGGGAUCCCAUCUCCCUGGGUUCAACAAAGGACUUCUCUCACCAUCUGAAGUUGCCUUGUGUUUUUUUUCUGAACCCUGUGAGGAAGCCCCUGCUUUAUUCUGCUUUCGGGGAAGCCAUGUUGGAAUAAUGUGACAGGCAUGGAUAACAACCAAGGAAGCCAUAGAAGAGAGAAUGGUGUUCUUACAAACAAAGAAGAUUAAACUUUUACAUUCCAAAGGCAUCCAAGACAACUAGUCCUUUUCUUUCUCUUGUAGUGUUAAUAUUUGUCUGGAGGAUGCUGCUGAAACUUUCUGAGAUGAAGAUUUUGGGGCAGAGGCCCCCAAAUGUCUUCUAAGCAUUUGAGCCUCUUCUGGCCUUCUUUUGGGCACAUCUCCCUUCAACAGUGCCUGGAGCACAUCACAUGCUUUCUGGAUAGGAUGGAUUCCAUUUGAAAAGACAACAUUCUCAUUAGGUUACACCUAGUAUUUUUCAUUACAAAAACAGAGGCUCACUUUUCCUAUUCUAGUACAUUGAGCCUUUUUUUUUUAACAUCCGUGUGAAAUGGUCAGGUCACUAAAUAGCAGUUUCCUCACUUGCUUGGCUUCAGUGUCAGGUUGCCAUAGGUAAGGCAGUGGGAAUCCAGAGGUAAUGACAAUGGUCACCUACACACCUGGUCUGUGCUGUAAUGAAGAUUAUAAUUCAGUAGCUGCAUAUUGUCUCUAAACAUCAUUUGUGCCACAUUCAAAAUGGUUCUUUCUCAGCUAAUUAUGUUUAAAAGUAUCUUAACUGUAUGUCCCUAGCCAGAUGGCCAUGAGUACAUUAGAGACCCUCUGGAACAUUUUCUGGUGUCUUUAAUGAGAUAAAAGGGAAAAUGCAAUAACCAAGUUUUGCAUUUAGAAUUUUAGCACUUCCAAAGGUUCUUAGCACAGGGCUGCAAAGCUCUGUAUUACUCAUGUUCUUGUUUCCCAAAACAACUAGUCUGUCAUUACAUUAAGCUGACCUGUGAACAAGCAUAAAGAAGCUCUUUUUCUUGUGAAAAACAGUGAGAUCAGUGUAUUUCUACUGUCCCAAGCUGUAACUGCAUGAACAACACAAAUCAGCAUGCUGUUGGGAAAAAUGCACAUUCUGCAGCUCUUGUCAGCCUGUUACAGACCACUGCCCUUUGUCUGACCUGGUGCUAAACCAGCAUGAUAUACGUGGGACCAUGUUGCUGGGCUUGAAGCCCUCAGAACCAUUAAACCUGGCAAAUACUGUGAAUUUUAAGGACUGCAGACAGGAUUUUGUGGCCAGAUUCUGGCUUGAGUCACCGUAUUUAUCUAGCUUUAGUUGCAUAAGGAAGAACUUUUUUUCCCCCUCAUCCGUGUCCUGAAUUAUAAAGCAUGUGUUUGCCACUCAGCUGGACAUUCACAGAGAUGACUGUGCUGUUAAUGUGAUUAUGAUCUGUAAAAUGAACCCUCCUUGAUCAAAUCUAUGCCUUGAAACAGAUACGCCUUUGCUGAAUUUAUGAUAACAUAGCUUUUGGGGACCGUUGACAGUAUUUCUUUUUAACCCACAUCCUUGAGAGUAGAUUUUAAAUGAUCUUUAACAGGAGUUCUUCUAUGUCAUGACUAAAGUAAUACUCACCUGUAGGAAUUUGUUUCCUGUCAGCUUGAGUAUUAUGAAAGGUAAGAGCAGUGGGCAUAAAUCUCAUUUGGAGGUGGUGGGGGGGAAGUCUGAUCUACACCCUUUAGAGCUCUGGAUCAGUACUACUCCAUUCUGUUUCAGCAAAAUAAAAAUAUUGCCUGGGGGAGUUGAAUCAUUACUGCAUUUUCUGGUGAAAGGUGAAUAAGUCUGUAAAAGGAGAGAACUGAACUCAGAUCUUCACCUGGAGUGCUUUAAGCCAUUAGUCUCUUAUGCAAAAGAUGGAUGACUUGAAUACACACUUAUUCGUACUCAUGUGACUAAAUCAGGAAAAGGCAGAGCUGGCCACAAAUCUGUCAUUUAUUCAUACAUAGAGAGAUGCAAAAUAUCUCUCUUCUUUAUGUAGAUGCAAAAUUUCCAACCAGUAUAAAGACAUGAGUGAAGCCAAGCUUCGGGAGGAACAGAAAAACUCAAGGUACCUCUAAAUUGCUAAGCUCAAUAAACAUCUUUAUGUAUGCUGUACUAUUUUGAAUGCCACGGCCAUUCUGUGUGCUAAUGGAGCACUGGAAAUAGGAGUGAGUGAAUCAAUGGUGAUUGCAGGCAAACAUAUGUUCUGUGCAGUUGCUAUUUCAAACUAUAUGCUAAGCUAAAUCUAUAGCUGCUCCCGAAUUUUGCAGUCUGUGAGUUACGUUAUAAUGACUGUUUAUAGGAAUGUUCUCUCUCCAAAGCAUUUGUUUGCAUUUUAUCUGGAUAGCUGGUUUUUGUUUACCUUCCUUUUCUGAGCCCUAGAGGCGUAACUUGCUUUUGUUUACCAGUGAACAGCACUGAUAAUGUUUCUUCUCAAGAGUUUUCCUGAAUUACAGAGAAGCAAAUAUGCACAAAGCCAUUUUAAGUGCAGCACAACCCCAUCACUAGUCAUGAAAUGCACUUAGCAUUUAUUAGCAGUAACAUCUAAAAAUUAUUUCACUGUUGAGUGGAAUAUUCAUUCUCAGAACAAAUAGGUGGUGUUUUUUCCUGAAAAGGAUCUAGUGACUUUUUUCCCCUUAAAGCUUGAAGGGUGUUUCCUUCUACAUCUUGGUGCAUAACUCCUGGUUCUGCCAUAUGCCUGUCUCUGUCAACACCUUUGUGUACAAAAUGAGGCCAAGUCCUGCAAUUUUUUUUAAAUGGUCUCACUUUUUCGGUGGUUUGGUUUGUAUUUUUGGUUUUUUUAAUGGCUACUGAAUAGAGCAUUCAGUCGUGUUAGAGCAGAAAGAUACCAGAGUUAGGGCAGAUGAUAAACAAGUUGUUAGUUGUGGUCUAAUGUCAUUUUCAGGCCUGGACAUGUGCAUAGCAGUGGUAUUUCUUAUAUUACAGAAUUAUUCUGAAACAUCUUAAUGGAGUCCAGAAAGAAACACUUGUGGAUUUCUGUAUGUGUUUUUAGGCUCGGUAGCUCUUAAAUAUCUUAAAUAUCUAACAAUGUCCAGUUAUAAUCAAGGGACUGAAACUAUACAUAAAUAUUAAGACAUACUUAAAUUAAGACUAUACAUAAAUAUUAAGACAUACUCCUCACUGUUAAGAGUCAGAAGGAGUUAGUGGGAGGAGUGAUUGUUGCUGCAGUUGAUGGUGAGGAAACAAAUAGUUGUAGAAAUUUAGAUCUCAAAGAAUUCACACGUUAACAAGAAAUCCAGGAUUUAGUAGGGAGAGUAUAGAAAAUCUUGAUGUGUUCAGGAAAAAAAAACCCAGCAAGAUAACAAUAGAGACAAAAAUUUUGCUGCAAGAGGCUAUAAUUAGAAUGAUUCACUGGUCCUUUCCAGUUUUAAUCUCCUAUUAUGCACCUUAAAUAUGCCAAGAGUUAUGCUAGUAACUUCUCAGGAGCAGGCAGCUUUGCUUCAAAUUGCAUGUACUUCAAAUCACCAAACAUUUGCACUGCUGUACUUACCAUAUUAUAGCUGGGUUGUUGCGUAUUAACUGCUGCUUGAGUUCACUUGCAGUAAACACCUGCAAUCAAUCAGAUUUAUUCCCAUUCUAGGAGAGGCUGGUGGAGUCCAUAUGUAAGGUUGAUGGGAGUGAUAAAUACUGCCUUCAGCCAUGGAAGGAACAUACUGAGGAAAGUAAAUCUAGGAUCUUCUGACACUUCACAGAUAAAUGGAGAAGUUAUGAAGAAGAUUCCUUUGGGGAGUUUUAUUUUCACGCCAUCCCAUUGAAUUUGGUGUCACUGCUCAGAAUUUCAUUACAUUUUGAAAUAUUUAAGUGCCAUUCUGCAUCCACACAUUGAUGGACACAAACAUGCAGGGUACAAGCAGUGCUAAUAUAUGGCCCUCACAGUAAAAGUCUUGUAUGUGAAUUAGUACAAGCAGUCAUACAGAUAUUCUGUUCAAGAAGGGUGGGACGAAGCAUAAAUAUCCAGAUCAGGGUCUCAGAUUCACUUAGGAAUAACACAAGGAAUGUCUUCCAUAUGAAUUCAGAAAAAAAAUAAGGAGCUAUAGGGGAGGGCUAUAUCUAAUAAUUCCUUUUCUCCUCCUUCUCUUGGCAUUCCCCUCACUAUUUCCUUGCUCUAACUCCUAACUGUAGGAUUUUCCCAUUGAUCAGAAUUUGGGCCCCAGUUCACUAAAAGCCAUGCUUUGGAAUCAGUAGUAUUUGAAAAGUGUCAGAAGUUGGUCUUUCUUUCUGUCCACUUUUAUAGAGAGCCUGAGGGCUAUCACAUUAAAAAUCUGAUUGUAUUUCUCUGCCUGUAACUCUUUUGUGAACUGUUACUAAUGUGUAUUUUAGAAAACAGUAAAUAAAAUAUGAAUGAAGCAGGA